GGACAAAAAUGUUUGUUUGAUAACAACCUCAUGGUGUCCACAUAACAUUACUGUUCCAUCAAGGAACCAAAAUGGCCCCCGUUGGAAUUCGCCUAUGCAGCCGGGCAACCCUUAAAUAUUCCCAACAUGCAAGAAUCCAGUUUCAGUUUAAACCUCAAAUCUGUCAGAAUAAAGACAUUUGAACUUCCAUCUAUCUCACCAUGUCCGAAAUCCUGAUGAUCUCCGGAAUGCCACAUACAAAGCAAGAAAAAUAAAGAUAUAUAGAUAACAAGAAGAUCACCCCAAGAAUCAUAACCCUUUUCGCCUGUAUAGUCACGAGUUCAUUCUCUUCCACCUUCAAUGGAAGAGCCCUUCAGUUCUUGUCUUUUCAAAUUGUUCUUUCCACUCGUCCUUUUCUUCUUCAGCUUUCUUUGUUUAUCUUCUUCUUUCCGGGUGCAUCCCUCGGUUGCCACCUCAACCUUCAUACAUCGAAAUUACACCGCAGUAUCAGACUUCCGCGUGCUCAACAGAAGAACUUUAUCUCAAUGUCUUAAUCCGAACCCUUUCCUCCAAAUUCAUGUCAGUAAGAAUUCUAACCUCUCCAAUGAAGAGUUUGUCACCGUGACUGUUAGCGGAGUUUUGCUUCCUUCACCGGAAGACUGGAUCGCCAUGAUCUCACCUUCUCAUUCUAAUGUCGGAGCUUGUCUUCAGAGUGAAGCUUUUUAUUUACAGACGGGCGAUAUUAGUAAACUUCCUCUUCUCUGCCAUUAUCCUGUUAAGGCAAAAUUUGUUAGCAGUGAUCCAGAUUAUCUAAGUUGUAAGAAGAAAGCAUGCAAGAAACAUAGCAAAGGCAAAUGCAAGGUCACAACUUGCAGUGGCUCCGUAUCAUUUCAUGUCAUUAACAUAAGAACUGACAUCGAAUUUGUGUUCUUCACCGGUGGAUUCCAUAAGCCUUGCGUUUUGAAGAGGACCAUCCCCCUGAAGUUUUCAAAUCCGAAUGCACCAUUGUAUGGACAUCUCUCAAGCAUAGAUUCCACUGGAACAUCGAUGAGAUUAACAUGGAUCAGUGGGGAUAAGGAACCUCAACAAGUGAAGUAUGGAAAUGGAAAAUCACAGACAUCCCAGGUUGCGACCUUUUCGCAGGAUGAUAUGUGCAGUUCUAUUUUGAUACCAAGUCCUGCCAAGGAUUUCGGGUGGCAUGAUCCUGGUUACAUUCACACGGCGGUGAUGACAGGACUUCAGCCUUCCAGCACCUCCUACUACAAAUAUGGAAGUGAUGCGGUUGGAUGGAGUGAUAGAAUUGAAUUCCGGACUCCACCAGCUGGAGGGUCAGAUGAACUUAAAUUUCUUGUGUAUGGUGAUAUGGGAAAGGCUCCUCUCGAUGCUUCUGCUGAGCACUUCACACAGCCAGGAUCUCUCUCAGUGGUAAAAGCGAUGGUUGAAGAAUUGAAAACUGGCAACGUAGACUCCAUUUUUCACAUUGGGGACAUAAGCUAUGCAACUGGCUUCCUAGUUGAAUGGGAGUUCUUCCUUCACCUUAUAAGCCCUUUGGCUUCCAGGGUUUCUUACAUGACAGCAAUUGGAAAUCAUGAGAGGGACUAUGCAGAUUCAGGGUCAUAUUACCCAGGUCCUGACUCUGGAGGAGAAUGUGGAGUUGCUUAUGAGACCUAUUUCCCAAUGCCAACUGCAGCAAAGGAUAAGCCAUGGUAUGCCGUAGAACAAGGUAGUGUUCACUUCACUGUCAUUUCGACAGAACACGACUGGACAGAAAAUUCUGAACAGUACAAUUGGAUGAAGAAGGACAUGGCUUCAGUUGAUCGAUCAAAAACACCUUGGUUGAUUUUCGCAGGGCACAGGCCAAUGUAUAGUAGUUAUCUUGUCAAAAGCACCGAUGAUAAAUUUCGAGAUGUUGUAGAACCAGUCCUGCUAGCUAACAAAGUUGAUCUGGCUCUUUUCGGCCAUGUUCAUAAUUAUGAGAGAACAUGCUCCAUUUAUAAGUCCCAAUGCCUGGCGAUGCCAAGGAAAGAUGAAAAUGGGAUAGACACGUAUGAUAAUAGUAACUACAAAGCACCUGUACAAGCUGUAGUUGGAAUGGCUGGCUUCAGUCUGGACAAAUUCUCACUCUUUGUAACAGGUUGGAGUUUAUCAAGGAUUUCUGAAUUUGGCUAUGUUAGAGCACAUGCAACAAAGGAUGAGCUAAUGGUAGAGUUUGUGAAUUCAAAUACAAGAAAGGUCCAGGACAGCUUCCGCAUCACCAAAAAGCAAAAUAGUUAGAAAAUUAGAUAACAUGAAUUAGCUGGGAAUUUCUGGUUCAAGUUUAAACUAAUAUCGCUGUCUUUCCAUCUGCUAGCUCUCAUCUUUUCUACCGGGAAAUAGUGCAAACCCCUUUGUCUAUAAGAACUGAAAAUCAGUUCAUUUAGUCACCUUCAUGCAUGGUAAUUAGCACCCCCUUACCAACAAUGCUACAGAGCUAUGGAUGUUUACAAAGUUCUUAUGCAUUUGAGCUAUUUUUUU